UCGUUUUCUCUACUCUCUAAGCGCUGUCUUCCUCUUCUAACCCCUUUGGCCUUUCCUAUCCUCUCUCUCUAUACAUCAUAUCAUCUACCCCUAUUAUUCUCUAAAUCAUUCACAGCUUUCUUCAACUCCUCUCUUUCUUCUUCCAGAUCCGCUUCCGUCUUAGUUGACUGCGUACUAAACUUUAAGUUAGUUAUCUAUGUCAAGCCGACAAGGAGCGCCGCCUUCAGUCGCCGCCUCAGGUGUUGGCCUGACUGUGCAACCGAUGAUGAGGCGACAACUUCCUUUCUCCUCUAAAAAGCCUCCGUUUGUGUCUUCUGAGCCUUAUCAUAGAUUUGCCUUGGGGAAUGCUGGUGGAAUGACGGAUAAUAAUGAACCUGAAGCUAUUGUCGUGAGAUCUCCUGUGUCACAGCAGUUGAAGCGCAAGAGUGCAGUGUACUGUAACCAAGUUGAGGUGAGUGACUGCACUGCAAGUCCGGGGUACAAAGAUACAUCUAAUAGUUCUUUCCAGACACCUGUAUCAUCAAAAGAAAGAGCCAAUGGGCGGUCAAGGAUCACAAAAAACCUGAAGUCUACUCCUCAGACCCCUACACCAAAUGUUGAUUCUCCGUCUCCCCUUACUCCAGCCAGCAGCUGCCGAUAUGAUAGCUCCCUAGGUCUUUUGACAAGAAAGUUCCUUGACCUUAUGAAGCUAGCAGAAGAUGGUAUUAUUGAUCUGAACCAAGCUGCUGAUACCUUAAGGGUUCAGAAAAGACGCAUUUAUGAUAUCACAAAUGUUCUCGAGGGGAUUGGUCUUAUUGAAAAGAAGCUAAAGAAUAGAAUCCAUUGGAAAGGACUUGAUGCUUCGAGACCAGGGGAGGCUGCUGAUAUUGAUGUUACUUUCCUACAAGCCGAAGUUGAAAAGCUUUCCAUCGAAGAACGGGGAUUAGAUGACCGUAUAAGAGAAAUGCAGGAGAGAUUGAGGGAUCUAAGUGAAGAUGAAUACAAUCAGAGGUGGCUUUUUGUGACAGAGGAAGACAUCAAAACUCUACCUUGUUUUCAGAAUGAAACCCUAAUAGCAAUUAAAGCUCCCCAUGGAACCACACUUGAAGUUCCAGAUCCUGAUGAAGCUGUGGACUAUCCUCAGAGGAGAUAUAGGAUCGUACUUAGAAGUACCAUGGGUCCAAUCGAUGUGUACCUUGUCAGCCAAUUUGAAGAGAAAUUUGAGGAGAUGAACAGUAUUCAGCCAUCAAUGAACUUACCUAUCUCGUCGAGUUCAGGUUCCAAUGAGAAUGCUGUCAAUGAUCCAACAGCUGAAAGAAGCAAUGAUGUUGCAAUUAGAUCAGAGGUGCAAACGAUUCAAGGACCAGGGAGAAUAAGGAGCCAUGACACCACAACCGUUUCACAAGACUAUGCUGCUGGAGGGAUUAUGAAAAUUCUCCCCACAGAUAUUGAUAAUGAUGCAGAUUACUGGUUGUUAUCAGAUGCUGAUAUAAGCAUCACAGACAUGUGGAAGACCGAUGCUGGUGUAGAAUGGAAUGGAAUGGAUAUACUCGAUAAUGAACUUGCAAUAGUGGGGGAUGUUGGAACAUCAUCACAUUCACAGACUUCACCACCAUCAAGGGCAGAAGAUAGGAACUCGUCGAAAUAAAAAUGAUGUUAUUAAGGAAAGAAACGGACUUUUGCAGGUAGCCUUCUCCUCUUUUCACCGUUUGAUCAACUUAUGUUGCGGCCGGAGGUCAUGACUAGUUUAACUGGGAGUUGGUUGGAUGAAGUUCCAAAUGGAAAUAAAUAACUAUUGUUUCCUACUACAUUAUCCUUUUGAUUUUAUCAUCUCUUAUGAAGAAAAUGUCGAUUUGGGAGGGAUUCAAGAUGUGUAUUUUGUACAGUUGAAUGCGAGUCAUAGCUGAUGACUGACGUGUGCUUCAAUAUGACAGGCAGCUAGCUAGGUGACAUUUAUUGUUCUAAAUCUUACUUUAAACAUAAUUUGACAU